UAUAGCUGGUUUUGCUACAUUUGACAGGAUUAUCUCAACAGAGCUAAAGACACUAAACACACUCAACUAACACUCUCUGGAAGAUUAUGAAGACCUUCAGGUUUUCUGUUGCAGUAAUGAUCAUACUUGCCCUCUUUUAUAUUCAAGAUGGUUACACCUUAUCUACUGAUAAUGGGGAUCCUAACCAGGAUAUGGUGAAAGCAAGAGAUGAAGAGAUGAUCUAUGAGAUCCCAGCGGACCACUGGAAGGUGGCAUCCAACAACAGACAGAAACGUCACACUGAACCUGGAGCUUGCCGCUUUUGCUGUUCGCAUAACUGCUGUGGCCGGGGGGAUUUCUGCGGCCUCUGCUGUCAAUGGUGAUUUUAGGAAUCAUCUGCAUAUUCAGUUCAUUCAUAUUAAUCUUUAAAUGUUUGUUCUGUCUGAAAACAAUUGAUUGCAUUUGGUCAAGCUGAUCAUGCUGACAUGCUCAGGACCCCCCAAAGUAAUGUGUCUUUGCACAACAGACACUAAUAAACUGAGUAAUGUGUCAAA